UGAAAAUGGUAACCAUGAACGAUAAAAUAGGUUUUAUGAAUAUUAUUAAGAACAAUUUGAAGCUUCGAAAAACAUGGCGGCUGCCUAAUUCUUUUCUGCGAGAUUAUCUUUAAUAACUUUUGGAGUAUUUCAAAUAUUAACGUUCUUUUGUAGCACCUGAAAACAUUUGAAACAGCAAAGCCUCUUAUAUUCAUAAAAAGCUUCAAGAUAGUUAUACCAAAAAUUAUCAUGUUUACACUUGAAGGAAUUGCUUAUAAUUGUCUGAUACGAAACUUUCAAACACUAAUGGAUGACUCCAAGUCGCGUAAAAGACUAUUUUCCGCAACUAUUCCUCCAAUUAUUGCCGAGAAAGUAUUGCACCAAAUAAAUGAAUAUUACUUGGGUGUUCCACCAAAUAUUUUGAAACAUUUUACAAAAAAUAACACUAUUUUAAAGGAUAUUGCAAUAAACGGGAGACGAAUAAAAGGGAUCACUCUAAUGCAAUUUCUUAGAGGACAUAAUCUAAACAGUGCCGCCUUGAUAAACUUCAAUCUGAUACGCGUUGAAAAGUGGAUAAAAUAUUUAAAAGUAUCAACUCUAAAACAACUUUCAUUGGAGGGAUCCUGCUUUCUGGACCGAAUUGUUGUGCAAGAAGAGAAUCAUCAUGAACAAGGAGGUGAAGAAACCAAGAGACUAAAUAUGGAAUUACUCCAAACAAAGCCCCCUUCUUAUAAGGGCUUAGGUUUCAAAUGUUUGGUUCAACUUAGUCUGGCUAACACGGACAUUAAUGAUGUUCACUUCCUCCACUUCACGAAAGAUUGUCCACAGUUACGUCACCUUAAUAUUUCAUCAACAAAUAUUACAGAUUUACGACUUCUUGAGAAAUUUCAAAAUUUAGAAUCUCUCGACUGUUCUUAUCCAAAUAGUACGAAUGUCUACGACACUUAUUUGGCCUUAUUAAAACUAAAAUCCCUAAAAGUAUUGGAUAUAUCAAAGUCAGACCGUAUUGGUUAUGGUGCACUGAUUUUAAGAUACAAAGGUCCUAAUGAAAAAGGUUCGAGCACUUCCACAAAAACAUCGAAGUCUAAAGAAAAGGAUUGGCAUCUAUCUGACUUUUUAAAUAAUGCGAUGUGGGAAAAUAUGACUCAUUUUAAUCUCUCUGGAAAUUGGAGUAGACCAAUCAAAAGCAUCAGCAAUUUCAUAAAUAAUCAUAAAAAAUUAGAAUUCUUUGGAUUAGAUGGCUGCAGAGUUGAUGAGAGAAAAGUAAAUGCAUUAAUAAGAAAUGGAAAAGUUCUUGAGCAACUGACAAAUUUCUCAAAAGAUAAAAUUGAAAAUGCUAUUAUGAGAAUGAAAUGCCCUGAACUUCAGAACAGAUAUUCUGAAUCGUUUGUAGAAAACUUAAAAAUACCAAGAAUAUAUGGUAAUCUCAACUAUGACAAUAUGAUUAAAGAUAUCUUGCAGGAGAAGAAAUUAGAUAUUUGCGAAGUUAUGGCUCAUCAAUUAAAUGCCAUGAAACAUACUGCUUUUCUAUAUCAUGAUGCAACGAAAAUAUUUGGCAGCUGCUUUCUUGUUAUUGACAGCAUUGAUAUCUCCGAAUCAGAAUAUUUUCUUAGUAUUCUAAAAUCUUGUUCUCAGAUAUUCAUAAAUCACUCUAAUAAAAGUUUUAGGGAUAAAAAUAUACAUCAUCUAUUAAAUAUUUUCACUAAAUACUACAAAUAUAUUCAUAUGGUAUAAAGAUGAUAUUAUUGUUUGAAGUGCUAAUACUCGAAAAUUGUCUUUCAGAUGUUUGACGUAGGUGAUUUUUUCAGUGGACUCUUUGAUGUAGAAAAUGCAAAUUCAAGCGAUUCAUUCGGAGGAUCACUUGCCGAAUUUCUUCAUGUUUUAGAUAAGGAAAAGGUAUUAAUUUUAUUAACCGAAUUGGCAUCUUCAUUAAAGUUGGCUUUGUCUGUAGCUGACUGAAGACAACUGGUCAGAUCUAUGUGACGAUCUUACACGUAUGUGUGAUUGGACGUAUAGUCACUAUCAUUCAGCUUUAGAGAAGGAGGUUUAUGGUAUCAUAGAAUAUUGCGAGGACAAAUUUUCUUGGGAAUUUGAUCAUUACAACUUUUUUGAGCCUACCGAAUCAGAUGAGGACUAUUACUAAUAAACUCAUUCUCACAUUCUACCUUGAACACAUAAUUAUAUAAUCUUUUUUUUUCCAAGAUUUGUACUUGUUAAAAAUGACAUGUAAACUAUUAGUUUAUUUUCAAAAUGAUUUAAAACCUGUAAAACCAUUAUUUUUUUUUGAAUAAAUCCUUUCUGGAAUAUGAUUGGCUCCGGG